AUGUCUUCGGGCUCUACUGGUCAGAGCUCAUCAUCUUCCACACCAAACUCAACGUCGACCUACGAGUAUUCUCAUGAGCCAUACGACACCUUCAAAGCAAAAGUCCUUUCGCUUACGCAGAGUCUAAGCAGCACUCAGGAGAUCGAUUUGCAGCGUGCUCGAGGCGGGAGCUACAACCGCGUUGUGAUAGCGCGACUCACGCUAGCAUCGUCGUGCCUAGCAGGCAUAUUCCGCAUCCCACGAUUUCCAGAUAUACCUGAUGCUGGAGAAGAGGGUCGAACUGGCGCAAUAGACGUCAACAUCUUGGACCAAGCUGCUAUCCUACAAUUCCUCGCCAAGAAGCUGAUUCCCGCCCCGCGCUUGAUAGCGUUCGAUGCAUCCCCAAACAGUGCAAUCGAGUCGCCAUACAUAUUUCAGGAGUUCUCAGGCGGAUCGGCGCUCGAUCUGGUCUACGGCUCGAUGUCUCAUGGAGAGAAAAUCGAGAUCGUGGAUGCAUUGACAGACUUCUUGGUACGCAUGGAGCAUGUGCAAUUUCCAGCGUGUGGGCUUCUUGUGGCUGAGAGCCGAUCAUCUAGUACGAUGACGAAAGCAUCUAGGCUCGACGACACGCUCCAGGACCUGACCUCAGCGGUCAAAGGCUUUACAAUAUCGACCGAAGAUGACUCGACAUACUCCUCAUGCUCCACGAAAGCUCUCAUCGGCCAGCUUCUCGCUGCUCGAAAGGAGGAAGACGAAACGGAAUCUCGGAAACCCAAUAAGGUCUCCUCCAUGUGGUCCGGACUAUGCGACAUGUUUGACCAUAUGUGCUCACUGGGCUUCUUCUCUUCCUUGAACCAGUUUUCCGUUGAUGGAAGCAUUCUGUACCACUGGGACCUAGAGCCAAGGAACAUCCUUGUGAAGCAGGCAAGCACCAAAGACCACAACGCAUCGAUACAGCACGCUGAAGAACGCCAUGAAGAGCUUGCCACAAUGAGCUGGACAAUCGAUAGAGUCAUCGAUUGGGACAGAGUGCAAGCAGUGCCGCCUCUCCUGGCAAGGAAACCACCUGUCUGGCUAUGGGACUUCUCCGAGGACGACGAGCACUCAUCCCUGCCAAGCAUAUACGACGGAGACGUCGACCUACUUUCAGCAAGUCGCUAUGACCGCGAUGAGGGUAGGCUUGACACGCAAAGCCAGCUUCUUCGAACACAUUUUGAGGAAGGGUUCAUACGACAGAUGCAAAAGCUCUACCCAGAAUACAACGCGGAAAUAUACCGGGAGGAGACAUACGGCCGCGGCCGCUGGCUUCGACGACUCGCGCGGUUUGCUAUACACGGUGCAAGUGAUAACCAAGACGUGAAGAGAUACACAGCUCUUGAACGAGAGUGGUGCACGGUGCGUUCGCAAUACGAAUAG